ACAAAUUAAAAGUCGUCACUGUUUCCUAAAACAAAGCGUUCAGUGAAUUAGCCAAUCAGCUCUCGCUUUCAGCUGUUAUGGUCGACUUCACCUUAUACUUCAUCUAAUAAUCGCUUGAAAAUCGUUGAGGGCAUAUAUAGCUUACAGCUGCAUUAGCGAACGAAGCAUUUUUACUUGCGAUACAGUGUUGAUCAAUACGAGAAAUCAUUAUCUUCAUUACGUAGCAAAAUGGUUUCCAAGAAACUUACUUUACUUUUGUGUUUGUACUUUAGUCUACGAUUUUUUGUUCGUUCCCAUGAACUACCCAAGCAGAAGCACGAGCACUACAGUUUUACGGCGUUACAAGAAACAUUAAAUGGCGAGGUUCUCCUCUCCGACGAUGUCGAUAGACUCCUCUCUAAGUUGCAUUUCUGGAACUGUUCAGAUAGCAGUGCAGGGAUCGACAAGAGGAAGUGUCUCUCGACAUCUUAUGUCUUCAGCUACGCUGGAUCGUCGGUUACACAGUUGAAUUCCAGCGAAUUUGUUGAAAUCAGCCCCAUGAUUGUUUACUGUCUAGUGCCUGCGCCUGAAAAGAACCCUGGUCGAUGUUCAGCUCCCAAGAACCACAGCGAACUUUACAGCUUGUUCGCAAGGAAUUUCAGUCAUCAUGGCGAUGAAGGAAAUAUUACGCAUGAAACAUUGGGUGAAAUAUUGAAGGAGAUCAACUCGACGAUCGGGAAACAUUUAACUACGAAAAAGUGUUUUUCUGCUGAGGACAUUGUUAAAGAGAUUGAGGAGGAAGAAGAGGGACAUCAUGAAGAAGACGGGCAUCAUGGAGAAGAGGAAGGUCACCAUCAUGAAGAGGAAGAGAAACCCCUCCAUCUGGAAGACUUUCAAAAGGCCUGUGCCAGUAUUGUGCUACAUUUAGUACAAGGAUAUUGCAUUGAGGAGGCACAUGGACACAAUGAGACUUCCUCCCUACCUUCGAGGGAGUUCUUCAUAAAGGAGCUCUUUGAAAACAAGACACACCUCUCUGAGGGAGAUUUGGAAGCAAUUAUGAAAGUUCUUAAAAUUGGUAAAGCUGAGUCAUCAAGUGGGGAGGAUGCCCAUGAUCACGAUGAUGGUCACAAGCACCGACGAAGAAGAUCUGCUGGAUCCCUCUUGUCUACAUCACUGGGAUCAAAGACCCCUCAUUCUGUUCAUCGCCGUGCAGUUGAUGAGCAUGGUCAUGGUCAUGGGACUGGAACUGGAACUUCACAGUGUUACUCUCUCGACGAUAUGCUGACAGUUUUUGACAUUGAUCACACGAUUGGUGCAGAUCAAUUUGACUUCAAAGAACUUUGCCCUGCUUUCAUUCAACAAGCCAAAAGUGGACAUUGCAAUGAAGCUCACAAAGAUACACCAGAAACAGAGAAGGACAUGGGAAAAAUAUGGGGCUAUGGUUUUCUUGCUGUCACCAUCAUCAGUCUCACAUCCUUGGCUGGUGUGGCUACCAUCCCAUUUUUUGGAAAGAGAAUGUACAAGAAAAUCCUGGCCACCUUGGUUGCACUUGCUGUUGGAACACUGGCUGGAGACAGUUUGCUUCAUUUGUUACCUCAUGCAUUUGGUCUUCAUGCUCAUGAAGAGGAAGGUGCUGGCCAUGAAGGUCAUGAAGAAGAAGAUAAUGGCUUUGUUUGGAAAGCUUUGGUUGUGCUGGCCUCUAUUUAUGCAUUCUUCUUGUUUGAAACUUUGAUGCAUCUGUGUUUGAAGAGUAAGGUUGGAGAACACAGCCACAGUCAUGUUGAAGUUGAGCUGCCUGGCCCUUCCAGUCGGCAUAUGAGCUUCAAAAAGAACAGGAAGUGUUCCAGGUUGGAGCACCGUGAAGGUGCACCACCCAUUGCAAAUCAUCAUGAUGAAGUACCACCCAUGGACAAUGGUGGCAUUGUUUUGACAAAUGUGGAGGGUCCUACAGCAUACUACAACUCCAGUCCUUCGUGUACAUUUCGUUCACACAGUGUCUAUGAGCAUGUUUCUAGUUCAGAUACUGAAGGGGGUGAUUAUCAGAAUGCCAACGGUGAGGUCAAAGGGGAUGGAGCUGCAGCCCCUCAGGAUGUGUCAAGCAAACCCAAGAAAAGUCUGAAAUCCAGCUUGUCACGCCGUUCAGUAUUCAGUGAUGAAGAUGGAAUUAAAAAACCUAUGAAGAAGAUAUCAGCUGUUGCUUGGAUGAUCAUAAUAGGUGAUACUCUUCAUAAUAUCAGUGAUGGCUUAGCCAUUGGUGCAGCAUUCUCAGACGGAGGGAAUUCUGGUGUGUCUGGCGGCAUAAGUACAUCGAUUGCUGUGUUUUGCCACGAGUUGCCACAUGAACUUGGUGAUUUUGCAGUUCUACUGACAGCUGGCAUGUCUGUUAAGAUGGCAUUGGUAGCAAAUUUAUUGUCAGCCUGUUCUUGCUAUAUUGGCUUGGCAAUUGGCAUUUAUGUAGGUCAGCAGGCUGAUGUGCGAUUCUGGAUCUUUGCCAUUGCUGGAGGAAUGUUCCUUUACGUAGCUUUGGUGGACAUGCUUCCAGACCUGAUGCACAGUGAGUCAUUGCAGACUGAACCAUUAGUGACAUUCAUUUGUCAAAACUUUGGCCUGCUGCUUGGAAUUGCAAUUAUGUUGGUGAUAGCCUUGUAUGAGGAAGAUCUAAUGGCUGUAACUUGGUAGUGAACGUUUGCCCUUGUCAAAUGGUUGUUCUACAAAAUAGUUGAUAUCUCGGAGUUAUUCUGUGUUGUGUUGAUUAGGGAGGGUAUUUUUGAUAUUUUAUUUUGCAGAUGUUUGUUUGAUUAAGUGAGUGAUAUGAUUGGCAUAAGUUCUUUUUAUAUAGAUAUAUUUUUUUGUUCUUUCUAAUUAAAGAGUGCAGUGGUAAGUGUGACGAAUGAGUUGGAUGUUGAGUUAGUAACACUGGCUUUGCGGUCUUAUUCUUAUAACUAGUUAACAUAUUCAGUUUUUAGAGCAUUCCUUUUGUUCUUAAAUAAGCUCAGUAGAACAACAAUUAUCUUCUACUUAUCAUGGUAAAGAAAGUGUUUUCAUUAAAGGAUUGAAAAUUCAGGCUUAAUUUUUUCCAAGUUGAAAAGGUGCUUAGUGGUUUUUGUAGGGGACAAAAUUUUGAAUCUGUUAACUCUCAUAGAAAGUGGAAAUCCUUUGUUAUAACUACCUGAACUAUAAGAUUGUAGACAUGCUUGUAUUUUAAUUGUCAGAAAUCAUUUAGCAUCAAUUAUUACACUGAAUUUUUUACUUCAUGUGUGCUAUAUGUUGAAGAGGUGUUAAAAAACAAUUUUGUCCCAAAUGAUCAUAUUUUACUCCUUGUGCAAGCAUAAAGUAGCAUUUUUAAAAUAAGUGCAUCGAAAAUUACAGCUGAUAAUUACUGCAGCAUUUCCCAAUGUUGGUUAUUAUUCUUAUCUGUCCACAACUAUACAAAACUUCUGGGAAUUUAUUGAACCUUUUUAACUCUUUAUGAGUGAUCAAGACUGAAUUUCUCCCUACAGUGUCAUUAUAAUAUCAAACAGACAAGUGAG